UCAACCUUUGUACCCGUACUUUAAUAGUGCAGUGAUAGGCUUUAUACGUCUUUGACAAAAACUUCACAACAACCGAAGUGAUCAUGACUCGCUGAUACAUGUAUUACAUUGUGCAUCAUCGGAAUCUACACGCAUGAACGCCCAACCGGGAACUACACAUAAAACUAACGUUAUAGUUUCCUCGUUCAAAAAACACCUUGUCACGAUGGCCACCGUUCACUGUUUGUUGCUGUUGGCACUCGUCCCGUUUGCUACGGCAGUGCCCCAAAUUCAGCACGAAUAUCAUAACUAUGAGCAGCUGACGUCGCUGAUGAGUUCACUAGCCGACGCGUACCCGAGCAAAACCCAUCUGUACAGCAUCGGUACUUCGGUUCAAAAUCGAGAACUCUGGGUAAUGGCGAUUUCUAACAGCAAACCCGACGACAUCGUCCCCAGAAGACCCGAUGUCAAAUACGUUGGUAAUAUGCACGGGAACGAGGUUAUAGGCAGAGAGGUCCUACUGCAGUUGAUCGAACAUCUCUUGGUGAACUCCGACAGUGACCCGGCAGUCAAGCAGCUGCUGGACGACACAAGGGUCCACGUGCUGCCCUCCAUGAACCCGGACGGAUUUGAAGUAGCUGUUGAAGGGGAGUGCACCGGCAACCUGGGCAGGGGUAAUGCUAACGGACUCGACCUAAAUCGUAAUUUUCCGGACUUUUUUGAGCCCAACGACGAGGAGAUUCAGCCCGAGACGAGAGCGAUCAUGGAUUGGGUGCAGAGCAACCAGUUUGUCCUCUCCGCCAAUCUGCACGGUGGCGCCCUUUUGGCCAACUACCCCUUCGACAACAUGAAACCAGAGGACAAGCCAGCAACUGGCGGUGCAGCCUACAGCGAGAGCCCGGAUGACGCUUUCUUCCGAAAGAUCUCAUUGGCUUACUCCCUGAACCAUCCCAGAAUGCACCUGGUGGAGGAAAAUCGGUGUUUCAGUAACGAUAGCAACGAUGGGUUCCCGGAUGGAAUCACCAACGGAGGGGAGUGGUAUCUUGUCAAAGGUGGUAUGCAAGACUACAACUACAUCUUUGCUGGCUGUCCAGAGAUCACGUUGGAGAUAGCCUGCUGCAAGUACCCGGCCGCGUCCACACUAAGCACACACUGGGACGAGAACCGGCCGGCCCUGCUGGCGUACCUCCAGCAGUCACACAGAGGUGUGAAGGGGGUCGUCAGAGACCGGUACUCAAGUGAGCCAGUAGAGGGGGCCCUUGUAUCAAUCGUAGGGCAGGCGAGCCCGCCGAAUCCUGCGUCUACUACGAAAAUGGGCGAGUACUGGAAACUGCUGCUGAACGGAACUUACGAAGUACAGAUAUCGAAGCCUGGUUACACGACAGAGUCCAAGUCAGUCACGGUGCUCGAUAGUGUGGACCCCGGUGACGUCGUCAUUCUUGAUGUCCUUCUCAAUGCAGCUAGUCUGGGUGCAAGUCCCUCUGGCGUCGUCAUGGCAACGCUGCUCGUGGCUGGAAAAUUGAGUCUCUUUUGAAAAAGAGCGGGGAUUUGAAUGAAGGUGUCUUCCAUUUCUUGAAGAAAUUAAUGUAGGCGUAUACCUUAAUAAAAUAUUAGCUGACAAAAAAAAUUAUCAAAGAAAUCUGUAAUCAAAUAAAUAAGUUUCGUUGCACAAUGGUAUAUUUCCUAUGCCUGCAUUUUGUAAAUGCUGUAAUUGUUUUUAGUUCAGAAGUUAUCGACUAUGCAAAUAACUGACCAUUUUUAACUUAUUACUAUUUCAUGGAAUUACGGGUCGGAAUACACAUUUUGAUGAAAUAGAAAAAUAAUAUUUUUUUCAUCUCAGUCACUAUCAUUAGAGAUGCUAAUUAUUUCAAUAUAGUUUUUAUGAAAGAAGUGCUGCAAUGAUUAAAUAGUAGAUAAUAAUUUGUUAUUGAAUGAAAUUCCGUUUUUCUUUAAAAGCAAUCCUAAAAGUACGACGUACGAAUAUAUUGAAAUAUAAAAUAAUGAUUUAAUAAUGAUUUGACUUAUGUAUUGUAGUUUUGAACUUAUAGGAGUAAUAUUUAAUGCCAUAACUAUGCAUUGGCCAUCAUUUAAACCCCAAAUCGGUUGUGCUGACGUCAUUGUGACGAUGUCGUUGAAGAUUGUGGCUUCAAAACUUGAAUAAUAGUUUACAAUAAUAGUUCAAUUAAAGUAGGGAAAUCCAGAUUUGAUCUUACUUCGUAUAUUAAACAAACUCUUUGGGAUUUGGGAGAAUAAAACAUAAAUGAUGGGGGCAGGUGAAGCCACCGGAAGUGUUUCGAAAACUCAA